GUGACGAGACGCGGCAGAGGGUCAAGUUCACCGACGAGCGAGUCUGCAAAAGUCAUCUCCUCAACUGCUGCCCCCAUGACAUCCUGUCUGGAACUCGCAUGGACCUGGGCGAAUGCACAAAGAUCCACGACCUGGCGCUGCGGGCAGACUACGAGAUCGCCUCCAAGGAGAGAGAUCUUUUCUUUGAGCUCGAUGCCGUGGAUCACUUGGAGGCGUUCAUCGGCGACUGCGACCGGCGGACAGAACUGGCCAAGAAGCGCCUGGCUGAGACCCAGGAAGAGAUCAGCGCCGAGGUGGCGGCGAAGGCGGAGAAGGUGCACGAGCUGAACGAGGAGAUCGGGAAGCUGCUGGCCAAGGCGGAGCAGCUGGGAGCCGAGGGCAACGUGGACGAGGCUCAGAAGGUUCUGCAGGAGGUGGAGAAAGUGCGCACCAGGAAAAAGGAUGCCGAGGAAGAAUACAGGAACUCCAUGCCGGCCUCCAGCUUCCAGCAGCAGAAGCUGCGCGUCUGCGAGGUUUGCUCCGCCUACCUGGGUCUCCACGACAACGACCGCCGCUUGGCCGACCACUUUGGCGGGAAGCUUCACCUGGGCUUCAUCCAGAUCAGAGAGAAACUGGACCAACUAAAGAAAACUGUGGUUGAGAAGCAAGAGAAGAGGAACCAGGAGCGCCUAAAGAGGAGAGAGGAGAGGGAAAAGGAGGAGAGGAUGCGAAGAAGGACCAGGUCACGCAGCAGAGAGCAUAAAAGGUCCCGUUCACGUGAGCGCAGGAGGAGGCGCUCAGGCUCCUCGUCACGAGACCGGCGCCGCUCCCGCUCGCGCUCCAGGGAGAGGAAGAGGCGGCACCGCAGCAGAUCCCGCUCCCGCAGCCGAGGCCACCGUCACAGCCACGAGCAGAGCUCCAGACACAAGUCAUCCAGGGACCGCGAGCACUCGUCCCGGGACCGCUCACGGGACCGGGACAAGAGGGACAGCAUGAACGGCAGGUCGGACUCCCGCCGGGGGGAGGACAGGGACGCGGGGGACUUCUGAAGACCGGCCGGCGCCGUCCUCCUGUCCCCCAGCGCCCGGCCCAUUUUUACUCAGCGUAGCCGCCUCUCUGCAUCGUUUCAUCGUUUUCAUGUCUUUGCUUUAUUCAGUAAUGCGGUCCACCUCACCACUAAACCCAGCUCCGGGUUCCUGGUUCUGGAUGGGGGGGGGGGGUCUUAUUUGAUGGCUGUAAUCACAACAUGCAACUGAUUUUACUCUUUUCUGUUAUUGUUCUGUUUGUUUUUGAUAAAAAGUCUGUAAAUACGUGUUAGUCUGAAAAGCCCCAUGCUGCCCCGGGUUCUGAGGCGUUCUGUUUGCCGUGUCGUGGUUCCAUGCUUGAAUGUCCCGAUGACUCCAGGUUCUGAUUCAGACCCAAACACAUUUUAAACUUGUAGUAUUGAUUCAUCUGAACUCUAAAAAAAAAAAUAUCCAGACUUUUGAUUUUAUGAUCCCUGAAGUAAGAACUUGUGAGUUCGGCCCGUUUUUUUUUUUUUUCUUUUUGUUUUAUUUUUUUGUAAAGAAUAGUUCUGAUUAGUCUGGUGACGACUUUCCUGUUUUUCCCCUCUUCUUUAACUUAACAGUGAAGUUAAACGGUAUCUAGUGUUGGCCUGUAAGGGUCCAGCCGUGACACGCUGUGGCGCCGGCGCUGAACCCGUUGGACUGAAGUCCUUUAAGUUCUGGCCCGUUGCUUUAUGUCCAGAACCACAUGAAAACAGAUCUUAACGGAUGCACUGCUUCCCAGAUGUGUUCAGUCCAGCUUGUUCGGCUGAAGUCUUUCUUUAAAGUCACAAUAAAUACAUAAAAACAUUAAA